GCCCCCUGCCGGUGCGCGCGGCGGCCGCAGUCUCCCGCUGCAGAGUGCUCGGAGCCGGCGGGGCCGGAGUCUUCUCAGUGAGCGCUCCCGAGUGGGUCCGUCCGACGCCGGCUGCUCCCGCCCCGCCCUCGCUCCCGCUCCGGAUUCCCCGGGCGGCGCUGCUGACCCCUCCCGACCCGGUUCGCCUCCCCACCCCUCCCCACGCAGCUCCAGGAUGUCGGUGCCGGAUUCCGCCGUCGGGGACGAGAUGAAACAGGCCAAGGAGAUCGAGGACGCCGAGAAGUAUUCCUUCAUGGCCACGGUCACCAAGGCGCCCAAGAAGCAAAUCCAGUUUGCGGAUGACAUGCAGGAGUUCAGCAAGUUCCCAACCAAGACUGGCCGCAGGUCCUUGUCUCGCUCCAUCUCGCAAUCUUCCACUGACAGCUACAGCUCUGCUGCAUCCUACACAGACAGUUCUGAUGAUGAGGUCUCCCCACGAGAGAAACAGCAAACCAACUCCAAGGGCAGCAGCAACUUCUGUGUGAAGAACAUCAAGCAGGCAGAGUUUGGGCGCCGGGAGAUUGAGAUAGCUGAACAAGACAUGUCUGCUCUGAUUUCACUCAGGAAACGGGCCCAGGGAGAGAAACCUUUGGCUGGAGCUAAAAUAGUGGGCUGUACACACAUUACAGCACAGACUGCGGUGUUAAUUGAGACGCUGUGUGCGCUGGGGGCUCAGUGCCGCUGGUCUGCUUGCAACAUCUAUUCCACUCAGAACGAGGUGGCUGCUGCCUUAGCUGAGGCUGGUGUUGCUGUGUUUGCCUGGAAGGGGGAGUCGGAGGAUGAUUUCUGGUGGUGUAUUGACCGUUGUGUUAACAUGGAUGGUUGGCAGGCCAACAUGAUCCUAGAUGAUGGUGGAGAUCUGACCCACUGGGUUUAUAAGAAAUAUCCCAAUGUUUUUAAGAAGAUCCGUGGCAUCGUAGAGGAAAGUGUGACUGGUGUGCACAGGCUGUACCAGCUGUCCAAGGCUGGGAAAUUGUGUGUCCCAGCCAUGAAUGUCAACGACUCUGUCACCAAACAGAAAUUCGAUAACCUGUACUGUUGCAGAGAGUCCAUCUUGGAUGGCCUAAAAAGGACCACAGACGUGAUGUUCGGAGGGAAGCAAGUGGUAGUGUGUGGCUAUGGUGAGGUUGGGAAGGGAUGUUGCGCAGCUCUGAAAGCCCUUGGAGCCAUAGUCAACAUCACAGAGAUUGACCCCAUCUGUGCUCUCCAAGCCUGCAUGGACGGCUUCCGGGUGGUGAAACUCAAUGAAGUGAUCCGCCAGGUGGAUGUGGUCAUAACCUGCACAGGAAAUAAGAAUGUGGUGACCAGGGAACACUUGGACCGAAUGAAGAACAGCUGCAUUGUGUGUAACAUGGGCCAUUCCAACACUGAAAUUGAUGUGACCAGUCUCCGUACCCCGGAGCUGACCUGGGAGCGCGUCCGCUCACAGGUGGAUCAUGUCAUCUGGCCGGAUGGCAAGCGAGUGGUCCUGCUGGCUGAGGGUCGUCUUCUCAAUCUGAGCUGUUCAACAGUUCCCACCUUUGUUCUGUCUAUCACCGCCACCACUCAGGCUCUAGCUCUGAUUGAGCUCUACAAUGCUCCCGAGGGACGUUACAAGCAAGACGUGUACCUGCUCCCUAAAAAGAUGGAUGAAUACGUUGCCAGCUUGCACCUGCCUUCAUUUGAUGCCCAUCUGACAGAACUAACAGAUGAUCAAGCGAAAUACCUGGGACUCAACAAAAACGGGCCUUUCAAACCCAACUAUUACAGAUACUGAUGGACCAUAACACUGAAGGACCAGACCACACGAGACAACUUUAGAGAAAUUAUUUUUAAAGAUCAUUUUAUUUUGUUUUACUCUUUUCUUUUUUUUAAAAGCUGCUGUUGUUUUUCUUUUAUCUGUCUGAUUUUAAUGUCACUUCUUUGUUUUACAUUUUCACGUGAUCGCAUCUCUUUGUACGUCUGAUCUUGGCAGACAACCUGGGAUUUGCUUACUGCUUUAUGACUGAAACCUGGCAGUGGGGUUUCAGACUUUCACAGAUGGGAAGGGUUUCCUUUCCUGACUAUGAAGGGCAAUUCAUUCCCACAGUGGCUUUUUACCUUUCCAGUGCACCUUAGUCUUAGUUGGGAUAUUUGCAAACACUGAGAUGCUGUACUGUUUUUUUCUGUGUGGAAUUAUCUGCAACUUCUAAAUUGCCUUAAUGAGCCCAGUUUUUAGCUGCUAGAUCAAUGCUCCUAUCCCUGUCUUGGAGCAGAGUGGCACCUAGUGGCCAGUUAGGGUAAAGGUGGGUGACCCCAGACCGGGUUUCCUAUGUGAACUUGGGAUGGUGCCAGGUAAGGCUAAGCCCAAGUGGGUGUUAACUAGUCUAUUUCAGGGUGCUAAUCUGAAUUUGAAUGGGGAUCACCUACCCCUCAGACUCCUUGUCUCUCCUAGGUUUUAAACUGCAUCUUAUUUAAUUUCAGACCAUUUUUCUUUAUUAAAGCGCUAUUUUAAAGGAGGAAGUGUUUCCAAGUGGAAACACUGUGGCAUAGUCGGGCAGCAGAGAGCAUGCUGCAGCCUCUUCAGCCAUGGGCAGGCCUGACCAGAGAGAGGCCAACAUAUGGCACCUCCUGUGAACUCCUCCGGGCUUCUGAGCACAAGUGUGUUGAACACAGAUGACCCUUUCUGCUCCUGUCCCCUUAACGUGUAGAGUGCAGGGGAUGUACUGAUGACUUAGCAACUUUUCCAUCAGCUUUAACGGUGAGCUCUCAUGUUGAAAUCAAAAUCCUCCAGUCAGUGGACCAUUCUGUAAAGCACUUAGCUCCACUCAGAGCCAAUGACUCUUGGAGGUGGAAUCCCUGGCCAGCUGCACUGCUGUCUUCUAAAGCGUUCAGCCAAUCACCUCUUCCUUCCCCAGCCCAGAAGUUGGCAGGUUGUCUUAUUUCAUCUGGUUCCCCAUGUUAUGGUCUCACUAUGGAAGGGCCUGAUGCCCCAUGGUUUUCAGGUCUGUGUUCCAGGCUUAGCUCAACAAAGAUCACAGCACAACAAUCCAGAUUCCAAUUCAUUGCUCAGUGACAUGUAAAAGGGAAGGAGUUUCAGCUGCAGCGGCCUAAAGGCCCAGCUCCAGCUAACGAGGGUGUUUCUUCUCAGUUUAUGGCAUCAGUCCAGCACUUCACGAAUGUACAGGUACAAAGACAAUCGAGAUGCUGCAGUUGGGCGUAGCAAACACCCUUGACCAACCCUGUGCUUCCUUGCCCCCCUCGCCCAAGUACACAAGAUUCAUUCCUAGCACCACUUCUGAGGAACCUCCCCGUGUUUGUUUAUGGGUGACCCCGGCUGCUUUCCCUCUCUGGGACUGAACAGCUCCUUGCUGAUGAGAACAGGGGUGGGAUUAAGAUUUCAUCCUCCAAAACCUCGCAGCACUUCCAAUAAUUCCCCCUUAUUCCUCCAGACUCUUCUUCACAACCUUGCCCAGCUCCUUGAUCAUCUUUCUUGCCCCCUCUCCUAGAUAGAUUCUUGAUUUCUCAUUGACUCACUGCUGCAUUGGGCUGACUCAGACUGCCAGGGCUGGUUCCCAAUGACCUUACCGAGUCUGCCCAUGUACCCCCCUCUGCCCCCCAUAACCUGAAUUUCCAGCAAGAUGCAGCUGGGUUUGGAGUGAUGAGCCCAGGAUCCUUUGGGGGCCCUGCUCUCCUUUCCUUGCUCAGGGAAGAGGAUGUGGCCAGGAGCACAGGGAAGCUCCCACUCAAUCAUUGCUCCAGUCUAGGGGGUUUGCCCCAUGCCACAACUCCUGGCUUUCUUUCUGCCUCUGCACUUCCUGCUCGCAUAGAAGUUCUAGUAUCCCAGAGCAGGCUUGGUUCUCCCACACUAAGCCAAACAGAGUCUAUGUACCAUCCUAAAUGUUCUCCAUCAUGACUGUCGGGAGGGGCCCCUCUGUUCCAUUUGUCAGUCUCAGUGUUACAGUGUCAAUAGGAAUCUUAGCUUAAGGGCUCCAUCUCUGUAUAAGCCAUGUAACGAAAAGGACACAGGGGAACAAUUGGUCUUACGCCUAGAGAAGCCUUGAUUCUGUCAGAGGGAGCAUGUUAGCACCAAUCCGGGUGGGAUAGGUUUAUUUUGUAUAUGAAUGAUUUUUAAUGGAUGCAAUAUUAAUCCUUGCAGAUGAGCAAUAAAUCAUUAAAGUCUAAUUAAAAAAUGAUUAGAAAAACA